AUGAAUAUUACAGCAACUAGCAAAACACCUUUAGUCGGUGUUAUUCAUCCAACAAAUGCUACCAAUAGUGUAGCCAAUGAUAAAGUAGAGACUGGUCCCCUGAAUGGUGCAUUAGACAAUGCUGGGGUUGCACAUUCGCCUGAAGAAUUAGACAUGCCUGUCGAUUCAAAUGAACAAACAUACUGUUUAUGCAAACAAGUUUCUUAUGGUAAAAUGAUAGCCUGCGAUAACUCAUGUUGCCCAAUUAAACGGUUCCAUUUUGGAUGUGUUAACGUAACUACCAAGCCCAAAGGAAAAUGGUUCUGUCCGAAAUGUAAAACAAACAAAAUGAAAAAAUAACUCAUUUUAAAAAUGGAUAAGUUUUUAAUUUUAUAC